AUGCCUCAAAAUACCAUUCUAGCAUCAAAAGAACGAGGGCCGACGCUCAAGAAGCACGCACAGGGCGCUGAAACAGCAGUCCCAGGCGUUAUUGCUAGGCGAAGGUACGCUGCUGGUGGUGCUGCUGCUGUGGUGGUGGUGGGAGGUGAAGGAUAUGCCACUGCAGAAGUGGCUGCCAGUGGUGAUGUGCCUGUGUGUGGUGAUGAUUGUAUAGCAAGUGGUUGUAAUGGGGGAGAGAGCGGUGUUGCUAGGGAGGGGGAUGGGGAUUAUAGCGAGGGGAGGCGUGCUGCCAAGGCUGGUGGUGUGACUGAAGGCAGAGGUGCUACAAUGGGAGAUCCACCUGACCCUUCUGGACACUCCCAGGAGGUAAAGAGACCAAGGAUGGAAGAAGCGAAGGAGAGAGAGAAGAGAAUAUCGGAAGCGGAGGAGGAGGAGGAAGGUGGGGAGAAGAAACGAUCAGGGUUGCAGCAGGUGCAGCAGUGGUGGGCGUCAUUACUGGCAGCAUGCGCCACUGCUCUCAAAGAAGCAGUGGGGAAGCAGCUAGCAGGGGGGAUGAUGACCCAUGCUGCCCGGUGGAUGGCUGCUGCAGUAGCUGUGGUGCUGCUGGUGCUGGCUCUUCUAGUGGCUGCUGCUGGUGCUGGGAGGGGGGGGGGAGGGAAGGGUGGGAAGGGAGGGAACGGAGGGCUGAGGCGAGGAGAGCAGCAGGCAGUGAGCGUUGAGUCAAGGCAAGAGUCGCUUGUAAGGGCGAGAAGGGUGGCGUGGCAAGUAGCGCGGGGCAUAUCAGAGGAGACGGUAAGGGAGGCGUUGGAAGGGCUGCAGCCUCUGCCUGCUGUGGUGUCUAAGGUGACUGGCGCAGCGGAGGUGGUGCUCACUGCACGGCAGUAUGUGGACAGGAUGGUGAGUGAAUCUCGGGUGGUGGAGGGCAGGCAGGUGAUGGAAGCUCACAGGAAGCUUCUUGCGGAGAUCGAGGAGAUAUACGGUGUGCCAGCCAAUGUGAUGACUGCGCUGUGGGGCAUAGAGAGCAGCUAUGGGAAGAACAUGGGCAAGUGGGACGCUGUUCAAGCCCUGCUCACCCUUGCAUAUCGUACAAAGCAGCCACGCCGUGCUGCCUUCUUCUGGGAGGAGCUGAUGGAAGCCCUUUCGAUCCUUGAGAACAACCACGGGCCUUCCAUAGCAACCCAGGGCCUUCCUGCUGUUCCUUCUGUUCCUGCGGUUCCUGCUGUUCCUGUUCCUGCUGCUGCUGAUACAGCUGCAAGUGCAGUGGGAGAGAGGAGGGUGCGGCUGCUAGGGUCGUAUGCAGGGGCCAUGGGGCAGUGCCAGUUCAUGCCUUCGUCUUUCAAAGCCUACGCGGUGGAUUACGAUGGAGAUGGGCGAAGAGGGGCGAUGGGGCAGUGCCAGUUCAUGCCUUCAUCCUUCAAGGCGUAUGCGGUGGACUAUGAUGGAGAUGGGCGGAGAGGUGAGUGA